AACUCCGAAUAUGGACACGGAGGAAUGGAGUCCUACGGCGGAGGCUCAACAUGGAGGACCGGAGCACCGUGAGGUAGAGAGCUGCGAGUGUUCAGGCUCUGCUGCCGGGCCGUGAUGCACUGACGACCCGACGCCUGGGCGGAGCAGCCGGGCAGAGCAGCCGGGCAGAGCAGCCGGGCCACAGGGCUUCAGACCGGCUCCGGCCCGACGCGAUGCCGUGGCUCAGCGGCGGGAAGAGGACCGACAGCAGCGAGCUGCCGCUGCCCGCAGGCUGGGAGGAGGCCCGGGACUACGACGGGAGAGUGUUCUUCAUCGACCACAACACCCGGCAGACGUCCUGGAUAGACCCCCGAGACAGGAUCACCAAACCGCUGACGUUCGCAGACUGCGUUGGAGAUGAACUGCCUCUCGGGUGGGAGGAAGUUUAUGACCAGCAAGUGGGAGUUUACUACAUCGACCACAUCAACAAGACCACCCAGAUCGAGAACCCGCGGACCCAAUGGCGUCAAGAGCAGGAGCGCAUGCUGAAGGAGUACCUGGUGGUGGCCCAGGAGGCCCUCAAAGCCAAGAAGGAGAUGUACCUGGUCAAGCAGCAGCGUCUGGAGCUGGCUCAGCAGGAAAUGUUGCUCUUCCACGAGCUCUCCGAAGACAACCGCUCCAUCACCAGCGCGAUCUCCGGCUCGUCCUCAAACUCGAAAUACGACCCCGACCAAAUCAAGGUGGAGGUGGCUUGUAGACGCGAGCGGCUCUCCAGACUGAAGCAGGAGCUCGCCCAGGUGAAGCAGGAGCUGCAGUAUAAGGAAAUGGGAGUGGAGACCCUGCAGGAGAUUGACAGGAAGAUGUCCAGCAGUCAGACGAACUACAAGCUGGACGAGGCUCAGGCCAUCUUCACCGAGCUCCGCAGCAUCAAGAAAGCCAUCAGCACGGGCGAGAAGGAGAGGCAGGACCUCAUCCAGUGCCUGGCGAAGCUGACCGUGAACUUCCAAAACAGCGACUCGGCUGGCGAGGUGGCGAACAGCACCGGAACCGUCGGUGACUCGUGUAAUCUGCAGCAGUACUGUGACACCGGCUGUCAGACUGACAUCAUGGGAGAGUAUGGUUCCCAAGACUCCACACAUUUAGUGGACAAAGUCAAACUCAACUGGCAGUACGAGGAAGCCAAGAAGAAGGUGCAGAGCGUUCAGCACCAGCUGGCACAGCUGGACGGAGAGAGCUGGUCGGGACGGGCCGAGGCGGACCGGGACCGCGACUUCAUGCAGCUCCUCCGAGAGAAGGAGGCCCUGCUGCAGGAGCUCAUCCUGGUCAGCAAGCAGCAGCACUCUGCGGAGACGCUGCUGCAGCUGGAGGAGGAGCGCUGUCGGCUGGAGGAGGAGGUGCAGAGGGCCCACAGCUCCCAGAGCCAGGGAGCCAAUCAGAGGAUCCUGCAGCAGGAGAAGAGGAACGCUCUGCUGAGGCAGCUGGAGGAGGCGACACGCAUCACCACCUACCUCCACUCCCAGCUGAAGAGCCUGUCGGCGAGCUCUCUGACGGUGUCGUCCAGCAGCAGCCGUGGAUCUCUCGCCUCCAGUCGUGGAUCGCUGGCGUCCAGCCGUGGCUCCCUCAGCUCCAUCAGCUUCAGCGACAUCUACGGCCUCCCCCAGUACGAGCGCCAUGACGGGGCCGGCGAGCCAAUGGACCCCCACCUGCGCUACCUGCUUCAACCGGAGACCCCGUCCAGAGACUGCUCCGUGUACCCCGACCCUCUGACCCAGAGCAAAAGCAAGCGCUCCCACGACACGCCGCAGUCGCUGGCCUCGCUCUCCUCCCGGUCCUCGCUCUCCUCCUUGUCGCCGCCCAGCUCCCCCAUGGACACGCCCUACCACUGCCCCCAGGACUGCCCUCUCACCCAGAUGACGGAGGAGUACAUGGAGCAGGCGGGCCGCGGUCUGUUGGAGGGGCUGCGGGCUCAGACGCAACCGCUGUCCCACGGCGCCGUGCUGGGCGGCGAGGACGCGGUCAGCCCCGCCGGCGUGCACCAGCUGGACAACAAGAGUCACAGAGACGCCGCGGCUCAGAGCGCUUUCACCUCCACAGGAGUGACCCUGAGGGGGAACAGCGCCAACAGAAGCGGCCGGAGGGCCCGGAGAGUCUCUGCUGGUGUGUCCGAGGACGCUCUGGCCACAGACAGCGGUGUGUUCGAGGCCUGGGGCAGAAGGGCCGAGGAGUCCGAUGAGAUGUCGUACAUGAAAGAUCUGACCUCUGUGAGCGAGCCCACCCAGAUCCAGCUGGGUCUGCUGUGGGAGUCGGGUUCUCAGUCUCUCCGGCUUCAUCUGCUACAGCUCAAGAAUCUGAACAGGUCCAUCGUGAGAGACGGCUUCAAAGUGUAUGUGAAGGUGCACUUGAUCCCGCUGGACGCCGGCCGGGCCUGUGCGUUCUACUGCUGCACGGCGUUGGAGCCGCAGUCCCAGAUGAGUUUCAACGAAGGCUUCCGCAUUCCCGUCGCCGCGAACGCCCUGACGGUGUGCGCCCUGCAGCUGUCCGUCUGCUCGCUGGGUCCCCAGGCUCAGGAGGAGCUACUGGGCACAGCCCAGGUGAGCCUGGCUGACUGUGAGGGCAGUGCAGAGAUGGUCUACCACUGGCUGAGGGUGCAGACGCUGAGCGGGACGCCGGAGAUAACGAGGCCCGAACAGAAGAACCUCGUCCACCGAAGACACCACGACAGCCAGGAAGACGAGCAGAGGGCCCGAGUCGUGGACACUCUGCUGUCCCGCACCUCCACCACCUCCUCCACCACCACCCACCGGGAGGAACGGGAGGCAGAGCUGGAGCUGCAGAUGCUGGAGAAGAAGGACGAGGCGGGGAAGACGGCAUCCGAGAGGAGUUGGCAGGCGGAGUCGGUGGACAGCGGCUGCAGCAACAGCACGGCGUUCACAGCUCCCUUCUCAGAGGGGCUGUGUGCAGAGGGCAUCUGCAGCGCCACCGGGGGGCGCUGUGACCAGACGAGCAGCAAACUGUCCACAGUAAAGGUGGAGAAGGCCACCAUGACAGAAGGCCUGUUCCCAGAGCCGGUGCGAGUCCGGCCCAAAGAGAGGGGGGGUCGCUGGGGUCACGCCUCGCCGUUCAUGCGCGGCAGCACCAUCGUCCGCUCUCAGACCUUCUCUCCUGGUGCUCGCAGUCAGUACGUCUGCAGGUUAUAUCGCAGCGACAGUGACAGCUCAACUCUACCAAAGAAAUCGCCGUUUGUCAGAAACACGUUGGAAAGAAGAACGUUGCGAUACAAACAGCAGUCGUAUCGCUCCUCCCUCGCCGAGCAGCCGACGCGUACCUCCCUGGACCUGGAGCUGGAUCUCCAGGCCUGCAGGACGCGUCAGAGGCAGCUGAUGGAGGAGCUGAACGCUCUGAGGGAGCUGAAGCUGAGACUGGAGGACCCCAACGCCAGGGACACCACCGAUCUCCCCCACUGGGCUCUGAGGGACGAGCGAUUCCGCUGCCUGCUCCGAGAGGCCCAGAGACAGGCCAACCAAAGCAAGCAGGAGCAGCGUCAGGAGGAGGCGGCAGAGCGGAGGCUGAGGAAGGCUUCCAAAGAGGUUCUGCAGAUGAGGGGGCAGAGCCACAAGGAGCCCCUCCCUGUGCAGACAUUCAGAGAGAAGAUGGCUUUUUUCACAAGACCAAGGUUCAACAUACCUCCUUUGCCAGCUGACGACGUAUGAGAGCUCGCCUCUGUUAUGUGACUAAACAUGAAGUAUUUGUCAAAAGAAAAUUCUGAGCUCAUGAAGUACAAAGUUGUUUUUCUACCGAGGACUCGGGCCGGGUGACACGCAGAUGAUGGUGAAGAUUAGAAGGUUUCACAUUUUUCAAAGUGUUUUUUCUUACAGACACGAACACACAAGUUAUCAUCAAACAGCGCGGCUGUUCAUUUCCUUUUCUUUGGGCGGGGGGGACAAAUCUCUUUAUCCUGUUUGAGUUACUUCUGUUGUUUGUGCUUACAAAAGGCUGGAAGACGGGAACAAAAGUCGGUUUGGACAAAUUCACUGUACUGUAACUUAUUUUAUAGUACUUUUCCUUGAAGGAAAUUAAAAAACAAAAAACGCUUCCUGCUUUUUAAGUGUAUUGUGUAGCUUUUGAACAAAUAGCACUUCAAUGUUUUUACAUACAGUUAAAUGGAACUAUUGUCUGAUUUUUUGUUUUUCUGUUACCUAAUUCUUAAGAGUUAUUUACAUAAAAUGUCACUUUGUAAUCCACUUUUAUUACAGAUGUCAUUGUCCUUUUGUUGUUAAAAUUAAUAUUAUUACUUGUAUUUUCAAUAUAUGGAUGAAUAUAUGAGACACUGUAUUCAGAUUUUUUUAUGAUGUCUGUAUGAACAUCUGCAGUGUUACCUCUUGUGAAGAUAAAAACUCAUUAAACCACGUCGUGAUGCUCGGCCUUUUAAAUAAGCAAUGUUUCACAUAAUCAACAGGAUUCUUUUUCUGCUCACACUAACACUUUUCUUUAAAUGUGUCACGAUGUUACACGUGAUUUUCCUCUUGAACCACAGGCGGGUAGCGGCGAUGACCCACUUCGGUCUAAACUUGCCGAUUCUUGAGAAGCUCUACCGCACGCCAGGCAGCUGUGUCAGCUGAUUGUCUAGAUACGACAUCCUGUUUGAGAUUUUUUUUUUUUUUUCACGCAAGCCACGAGAAGCCGAGGAGCGGCAGAAUGUCGCUCUGCAGGAGCACAAACAGAUCUGUUAUUAAAUUUCUCACACAGAAAAAAUGCAGCUCACUGAUUGAAAGUGUUCAUGAAGCCUUCAGGCAGAAGCAGGUCACAGGUCUCUGCUUGUCUGUUGAACCGUCAUGUUGUCCUGUUUAAUGUGAGACACUCGGCUCUAAAGUUCAUUACUAUUGAUCAUCACUUUAAGCACCCACCACUUCCAUUCAUACCAAAAGGUCAGCUGGUUGUGUUUGAUCAUGAGGCCUUUUUAUUCCUCUAUAAAUGCUUUUUCAUGCUCCGAUCAGUUCAGAGAUUUGGGUCUUUUUUCCUUCCAUAACACGUCUAGUGGACUAGUGGAAAGAAAACAUUUAUUUUACUACUUU